GCGCGGCGUUCUAAAAGGACGUGAUUUGCCACUGUGUCAGAUUUAUCCAUCAAUAUUUUUUUUUUUAUUUUUUUUUUCCUUUUUCUUUUCCUUCCUUCUUCUUUCUUUAUUUUGUACCUUACUUAUAGAGCAUGCUCAAACCCAACCUACAUAUCUUAUUCCAUGUUCCCGAAGGUUUGGAACAAAUCGCGAUUGUUGAUCUAAAAGAGACAAUUUUACCCUUUGAACUUGCUGAUCCUUUGGCCACUAUCUUUAUUGCUGAAGAACGUACAGGGAGAGUUCAUUUAUUUACCAAACUCCAACAACAACAUGAUACAAAACUAUGGCUCCAGUUUCUGAUUCACGUUCCUCUACUUAGUGUUUACCAUAUGACGAUCAUCACCUCUACUACUGUUGUACCUUUUGAUAUUUAUCACGAUACUCAUGCCGAUGCACUUGGACAAUUUGUGUUUGAUGCCACCAAAGAAAUACCUUGGUCUGACUACAUUCCCAACAUGAUCAAACGAAACAAUGACAGUGUAUCUUCAACUACACCUACUUUUCGAGCAACAUUUUAUAAGGAUCAAUUACAGCAUAGUACCAAGUCGCAAGCACUUUCGGGAUGGAUGGGAUAUGCCUACAGCCAACUUUUCCCAGACUGGAAGGUCAAUUUGACAAAAUAUGAUUACGAUGUAGUGGCAGUAUGGGGUCGAAGUCGUGAUACAGCACUUUUGGGUCAUUUUGGUAUAUUUGAUAUAGAUGAUAAUGAUGAUGGUGACGACAAGAAUGAACAACAGUUACAACAAUUGGGACCUAUUCUACUUUAUAUUGGAUUCGAUAUUCCUAUUCCCGACACCAAAUAUAGAAAUCGUGUACUUUUGGGUAGAACAAGUUUGAAUCCUCCUAUAGCUUUUUGUUUGGUCCGUCUUGCUUGUCCUUUACCUGGUCAGAUCAUCCUAGAUAUGUGUUGUGGCACAGCAACUAUUCCUAUUGAAGGUGCAUCCAAAUAUCCAGAUACGCUUUGGAUCGGUGGUGAAGUCGUUCCGAAAACACUUUGUAUCAAGGCCAAAGAAAAUAGGCAACACGCUGGUGUCCAGAAUGUGGAAUUGAUACUCAGUGAUAGUCGAAGGCUGAAUUUUAGACCCGAAUGCAUUGAUACCGUGAUCUCAGAUUGGCCAUGGGGUGUUCGGGAAGGAUCUUAUUCUACCAUCACAAAGUUAUAUCCCAAGUUUAUGCGUCAACUAGGAAAGGUGUUACGUCAAGGUGGAAAGGCAUAUAUAGUAUCACAAGGGAAUAAACUGAUGCAAAGGACACUAGAUUACGAUUGGGUACAAAAGAUGUUUAGUAUAGAAGAAAGUUUACCUAUAGCUAUUGGUGGAUUAGGUGUUUGUGUUUAUAUUUUGAAAAAGAAAUAAAAAUCCUUGUUUAUC